AUGGAGCCCGUGACCAAGUGGAGCCCCAAACAAGUGGUGGACUGGACUAGAGGGUUGGAUGACUGCUUGCAGCAGUACGUCCACAAGUUCGAACGGGAGAAGAUCAAUGGGGAGCAGCUGCUGCAGAUUUCGCACCAGGACCUCGAGGAGCUGGGUGUCACCCGCAUCGGACACCAGGAGCUCGUGCUGGAGGCUGUCGACCUUCUCUGUGCGCUGAAUUACGGCCUUGAGACAGAUAAUAUGAAGAACUUGGUUCUGAAGCUGCGAGCUUCUUCCCACAACCUACAGAAUUACAUAAGUAGCCGGCGGGAAAGUCCAGUUUAUGACGGGAGCUCCUCACGCAAGCCCCCCAACGAGUUCCUGACCUCGGUGGUGGAGCUCAUUGGCGCUGCGAAGGCCUUGCUGGCUUGGCUGGACCGGGCUCCUUUUACAGGGAUCACUGAUUUCUCAGUAACAAAGAACAAAAUUAUUCAGCUUUGCUUGGAUCUGACGACUACUGUCCAGAAGGAUUGCCUGGUAGAGGAAAUGGAGGAUAAAGUGUUAACCGUCGUCAAGGUUUUAAAUGGCAUCUGUGACAAAACAGUCCAAUCCACCACAGAUCCCCUCAUGAACCAGUGUGCGUGUCUCGAGGAAGUCCGUUUGCCAAACAUCAAACCCGGGGAAGGCCUGGGCAUGUACAUCAAGUCAACCUAUGAUGGAUUGCAUGUGAUUACCGGAACCACAGAAAAUUCCCCUGCAGACAGAUGUCAGAAGAUCCACGCUGGUGACGAAGUCAUUCAAGUUAACCAGCAGACGGUGGUGGGAUGGCAGCUGAAAAACCUGGUGAGAAAAUUGAGAGAGAACCCCACAGGAGUAGUCUUACUGCUUAAGAAGCGCCCCACAGGCUCCUUCCACUUCGCUCCCGCUCCCCUGAAGAACCUACGGUGGAAGCCACCUCUUGUGCAGACGUCUCCUCCACCCACAACCACCCAGUCCCCCGAGAGCACCAUGGCCUCGCUGAAGAAGGAGAAGCCGGCCAUCCUGGACCUCUACAUCCCUCCACCACCUGCAGUGCCCUACUCUCCGCGGGACGAGAAGGGGAGCUUUGCUUUUGGAGGAUUCCGUAAGUGCAAACAGCCGUCGCCUGGUCCCCAGGGUUCGGAAUCCCCGAAUUCCUUCUUGGACCAGGAGAGCCGAAGACGCAGAUUCACCAUUGCUGAUUCCGAUCAGCUGCCUGGAUAUUCGGUGGAAACCAGUAUUCUGCCCACAAAGUUGAGAGAGAAAACCCCCUCUUAUGGCAAACCCCGGCCUUUGUCCAUGCCUGUGGACGGGAGCUGGAUGGGAAUUGUGGACCCUUUUGCUAGACCUCGAGGCCAUGGCAGGAAAGGUGAGGACGCCCUCUGUCGAUACUUCAGCAACGAGCGGAUCCCCCCUAUAGUUGAAGAAAGCUCCUCCCCACCCUACCGUUUCUCCAAGCCUUCCACGGAGAGGCCUCUCGUUCGAGGUGCAGACUACAUCCGGGGGAGCCGGUGCUACAUCAGUUCAGACCUCCACAGCAGCGCCACGAUUCCGUUCCAGGAGGAGGGGACCAAAAAGAAAGCUGUUUCUUCAUCCACAAAGUCGUCCUCCACAGAGCCAUCACUACUGGUCAGCUGGCUUACUCGGCUCAAACUGUUGACUCACUGA